UAUUGCAGCAAAAUCGGCGCGCCAUCAGUGGUACACUGGCUACCUUCUGCCACUAGACCCGAUCGCUCUUCAUCAGCUCUGAAUUCAACAAGCCACAAUCGCACUCAAAAUCAAUUGAUCCACAACUAAUCGAUGUAGUAUCUGAACCAAUCACAGUUGACAACGAGUCCAGAUCGCGGUCAAAUGUAACAGUGAUAAAAUCGAGGCCAGAAGUGCCACAAUACCAGGCGGGGGAGCCCCUUUCUCACCACACCAAAAGCAGCAUCGCUUUGCCUCAUUGAAAGGAAAGGGAGGAGAGAAAUGCAGAGGGAUGUAAGAUGGCAGAACUACAAAUGUUGCUAGAGGAAGAAAUUCCGGCCGGUAAACGAGCGCUUGUGGAAAGCUACCAAAAUCUAUCGAGGGUUGCAGAAUACUGUGAAAACAAUUAUGUACAGGCCCAGGACAAGAGGAAAGCUCUGGAGGAGACGAAAGCCUACACCACCCAGUCCCUGGCCAGCGUGGCCUACCAGAUCAAUGCCUUAGCCAACAACGUGCUGCAGCUGCUGGACAUCCAGGCCUCGCAGCUGCGCCGGAUGGAGUCCUCCAUCAACCACAUCUCUCAGACGGUGGACAUCCACAAGGAGAAGGUGGCGAGGCGAGAGAUUGGCAUCCUGACCACUAAUAAGAACACGUCGCGCACGCACAAGAUCAUUGCCCCCGGCAACAUUGAGCGGCCGGUCCGGUACAUCAGGAAGCCCAUCGACUACACACUGCUGGACGACGUGGGCCACGGUGUCAAAUGGCUUAAAGCCAAGCAACAAGGCAACAACCAACCAACGAGGGGAGGAGGAGGAGGAGGGACAUUAUCCAGGACCAAUCCGCCCACACAGAAACCCCCGAGCCCGCCCAUGGCUGGACGUGGAACUCUUGGGCGAAACACCUCCUAUAAGACCUUGGAGCCAGUCAAGCCGCCAACAGUCCCCAACGACUACAUGACCAGCCCUGCCCGACUAGGCAGUCAGCACAGCCCUGCACGCACAGCCUCCCUCAACCAGAGACCCAGAACACACAGUGGCAGCAGUGGGGGUAGCGGGGGGCGAGAGAACAGCGGUGGCAGCAGCAUUAGUGUUCCUCUGGCCGUGCCCACGCCCUCCCCUCCCAGCCUGGGACCAGCAGUGGCCCACCAAGGCCCAGGCCUGGGUCCCAUCCCUAUGGCCCAGUUUGGCACCAUCUCACGACAGGUCUCCCGCCACAACUCAGCCACUUCCUCAGCCUCCAUGGUGUCGGCCACGGGUACCUACCGCCGGGCGCCCUCCGGCAGCUCCCAUUUCUCCAUGUCCCAGCAGCCCCACCUCAACGGGGGCCCUGCCUACCCCCAGAACUCAGUGUCUGUAGCUCCUCCUCCUCCUCCUAUGGUCCAGCUGACACCUCAGAUCCCUCUGACCGGCUUUGUGGCCAGAGUUCAGGAGACCAUUACAGACGACCCGGUCCCCCCUCCACCACCCCCUCCCGAGGACGUGGUCAUGUUUGACGAGCCCUCGCCCCCUCCCCCGCCCCCGCCCGUGGACUACCAGGGGGAUGAGGAGGCGGCCGUAGUGCACUACAAUGACCCCUACUCUGACAGAGACCCCCACUGGGCCCCCAAGGCCUACGCUGAGAAGGUGGUGGCCAUUUAUGACUACUCCAAGGACAAGGAGGACGAGCUGUCCUUCAUGGAGGGCUCCAUCAUCUACAUCAUCAAGAAGAACGAUGAUGGCUGGUAUGAGGGCGUCUGCAACGGCGUCACCGGCCUCUUCCCCGGCAACUACGUAGAGUCCAUCAUGCACUACACAGACUAAGGGCGGCCAUUUUGAAUGAGAAAAAAAUGCCAAGAUGUUACCAAAAGAAACAACCAUUUUGAAUCAAGUGCUGUGUUUAGUAUUUGAAACGACAAGGUAGGUUUUAGUAAGAUGUUGGCUUUUUGGGGGGGGGGGGGGGGGGGGGGGGGGGGGCAACUCUUAUCCACACAGCAACAUAUACAUUUUACUUUCACAGACACACAUAGAAAAAAAGAAUAAAUCAAACAUAAAGAAGUGCAUUAGGACAUGACCGAAUGUUUGUUUUUGUCCAAAUCGCAGAUGUUAAGAAGCGAAAUAGUCUAUUUACUAUGCUACAUGUUGAAAAGGAGGGGUGGGGAGCUGGGCCAAGGGACCAGGAAUAGGGGACAUCAAAGGGGAAUUACUGAGUGUAGAAGUCAAAAAGAACUGAACGUGAUUUUUCUUAUUUCUGGUGAUGUUUUGUUUUUGUUAUAUAACUUGUAUAUACUGUAAUGUGUGAAGCUGACAGUUGGUUUGCCAGUAGUGUGUUUUACUUGUGAGGUUGUUGUUUUUUCAUCGGCGUCUUUUGAUUGGUCAACAGCAAGCCAAGUUGUGCCAGAUACAGAUGGUUUAACUCAAUCAUAUUUUGUCGUUGUGUUUCGGGUAUUAUUUUAUUUUCUAGGCUCGGCCAAAUGUCACUUGAAAAGAAUGUUUUUGUUUUUUUUAUGUGGAAAAUAAAGUGUAUCUUUGCUUAUUUUUUAUGCUGUCAGGCUACUGUAGAAAAUGGUUCCUGAAAUGUGCUUUGCUUCAAAUGGCAAACGUCAAGAAACGGAUGAUUGCGCUUUUGUUCCAUCAUGGUUCCAUUGUGUUAGAAUGUCUGCUUAGUUCUCAAUGGCUUUUUAUACGACUUCAAUUUAUACGGUUUUGAUUUGCGACAACCGGGUUGCGUUCAGGCUAUCCGACCGUUGCGUUAUCUUUUUUUCAAGUUAUAUCAUCCUGAGUUUUGUCAGUGGGGUCUGGAUAGGUGCUUAUCUUUUGGUGCUUGGUAACAAGUAUCACCUUCCAUUAGCAACACAACCUCAAAACUAGGACGCCGGGCUAUCAAAGAACGGUAUAGGCUGCUAGCCUACCUAUUGAGCAGUACAGGGUGAUUUGUAACGAUGCUAAAUGUUCAAUCUUGAACGUACCCUUGCUCUAUCCUUUCUAUCACAGUGGAUGUAGACAAUUUAGCAGUGCAUUGUUAUCUCAAAAUGUACUAAAACGAUUGUCUUAAAAAAAAAAAAAGAAGACACAUUUGUGCCACACGUUUUCGAUGAAGUCGUAUUCCACACACAUUUCAGUGCAUCGUAAUACACAACUUUCUUGCAAACAUGACAUGAUGCUAUCUAUGACUGAAUGCAGUUUAUGAUGAAAUACUUCCAUGCAAAGAUGUAAGCUGCUUGUGAUCGGAUGUCCAUACCUCUUACGUACUGACGUUUGAGGUUUAUUUGUCAUGAGCCAUCAGUAAUGUUAACAGGUUACGGUGAUGACCAUAGGUUACGGUUAUGACACUAUGAAGUAGACAUGAUGCACAGACAGAGGGAUGUUAAAGCUUGCCACGUGCAGACCGUGUAAUGCCAACAUAAUCAACAUGAACAGUAUUCAACCUCAAUGUAUGCAUGACUACAUGAAUAUAUCAACAACAACAUUUCAUUUUUUUUAUUGUGAAUAAUAAUUUGCCACGACAUCCAGUUCUGAUUGUACUUGUAACUCUUCCAUCAGAGGUACAUUUUGUGAGAAACAACUUUUUUCUACCUAAGCAUUUCCAGCACUGCGAUUGAUUGUUUUGAAAGAUUCUGUCUGAGACUGCCGGUCAUGGUUUAGUAGCAGUUUGGAUUUUGAUUUAUUUAUAUUUUCCUAGAAAAAUAUUAUUAGACAACCACUAUGUUUACCACUAAAACGUGAAACAUUUUGGGUCUCCACGGCACAAUGCUCCUUGAUUUGAUGUCUGUUUUAUUAGAUGAAAUGUGGAAAAAAGUGUAUCUGUAAUUUGACUGUUCAUGGGAACAGAAUGUGAUAUUUCUCGUCUCGUCUCUUGGGGCUCUAUCCAAUCUGGAAAGCUGAAGCCGUUACAAAUGCCGUAAUAGAUAUUGAAAGGGAAUCUCUGAUUGAGCCGAUAAUAUGCAGUGUUUUGCUGUGAAUGCCGUCUCCGAUUGAGCCGAUAUAUGCAGUGUUUAUCGUGAAUCACUAAAGUGGGAACAUUGCCUUCUUGCUGUAAAGCUGAACUUCUGCGAUGCGGAUCGAAUAGAGCCCCUGGUUUGUAUAUAUAAUGUGUUCAUUUACAUUUAUGUACAGUCUUUUUUGUAAUAAAACAGCUCACCGAAACAACA